GAAAUGGGAAUUUGAAAGCUCUAAUUAGGAGUGACCCAAAAGGGGCCAAAAAAUCAAAAUUUAAAGGUUUGAUUUGUGUUAUUUUUUAUCUGAAUCGGAGUUGUGAUUAUUCACCGGCCGGUACACAGAGAGUGAGAGAGAGAGAGAGAGAGAGAGAGAGAGAGAUGGUGAAAGAAAGAGGCGAAGAGUUAAGCGAAGAAGAAAAGAGAGCUUUAAGAGGUAGCAAAUUCGCACCUCUCCCAUCGUUACCUCCUCGUUCCCAACCCCAACCCAGGUUGGCUCAUCCUGGGGGUCCGUUGACGACGAAUAAAGCAGCGGCCUUGGCGAAAUUUCUAGAAAGAAAACUGCAGGAUCCCAAUGGAUUGGACAACAUCAACCCGCAUCUUGUGGAACGAGCUGUCCAGAACGCCAAACGCACCGUUGUCGCCGGUGGGGCAUCUAAUUCUGGAAUAACCAUACGACAUGUUGACUCUUUUGGUGAUUCUGAUUUUGAGGAACCUCUGCAACAAGAAGAAAAUGUGGAAAAUUCUGAGCCCAAGAAGCUGAAGAAAAAAAAUAAGAAGAAAAAGAAGAGUGAGAAGAAAAAGAGACAAAAGAUAAUGGAGGACUCUGGGUGUGCUGUGGUAAAAAAGCCAAAAAAGAAGAAGUUAGGAUUGUGAUUACAUGAGAUUAUGGGUUUAUUUUGGUUCCUGGAAUUAGAUAGAGGCUUCAAAUUCAAGGCUAGUUGGAAGAUUUGAGUUG